AUGUCCUUGCCAUGUGCAAUCCCAAUCUCCAAUUUACUUAUGUUUUACCUGGUUGGGAAUGAUCUGCAUCUGAUACUCGCAUCCUUCGUGAUGCUUCGCAGAGAUAAGUAUUAUCUUGUGGAUUUGGGGUUCACCAAUAGUCGGGGUUUCUUAGCUCCAUACAGAGGCACUCGGUACCAUUUGAAUUUGUGGCGAGGGAAUACUCCAACAAAUUACAAAGAGCUCUUCAAUCUGCGACAUUCAUCUGCUCGAAAUACUAUUGAAAGAGCAUUUGGAGUGUUGAAGAAACGAUGGACCAUUCUUAGGACAACAAGCUUCUUUGACAAAAAGACUCAAGUUAGGAUUAUAAAUGCUUGUUUUAUUCUUCACAAUUUCGUAAGAGAUAAAAAUAUGGAAGAGAAUGAUUUGUUGCGUGAGGUGGACGAGGAGCUUGAAAAUACAAACACAUUUGAUAGCGACAAUGAGGUUGAUGUUGAUUACAUUACAAGUACUUGA